AGCCAUAAUGAACUGUUAUAUGCUAUCCCCAAUGUGAAUGUUUCAAUAUCGCGGAGAGUUGUCAUUCUGUGUCAGUGAUUUUACAAUAAAAUGGAGAUUAAUUUUGAAGGAAAAACCGCUUUAGUCACUGGUGCGAGUCAAGGAAUCGGUAGAGAUAUUGUUAAACAACUUGUCAAGUGUCGUGCUAAUGUUAUAGCAGUAGCAAGAAACGAAGACCUUCUAUUAUCUCUAAAAAAAGAGCUACCGUCUAUUAAAACGAUCACAAUAGAUCUAUCGGACUGGCAACUAACCGAGAAAACGUUAAGUAACGUUGGACCGAUAGAUCUUCUCGUAAACAACGCCGGCUUAGCGAUUUUGGGUCCAUUAACGGAAGUCCAAGAAGAAGAUGUUGAUAAAUUAUUUGCUAUUAACGUGAAAGCGUUGAUAAAUGUAACGAAAAUUGUAGUCCAAAAUCUAGUAUGUCGUAACGUACCCGGUGCUAUUGUUAACAUUUCUUCUCAAGCUUCAUUAGCCGGUUUAAAUAACCACACUGUUUAUUGUGCUACUAAAGGAGCAGUCGAUGCUUUUACAAGAGCUGCCGCUUUAGAAUAUGGACCGAAAAAAAUUAGAGUUAAUGCUGUUAAUCCAACAGUCAUUAUGACAGACAUGGGUAAACUUGGUUGGUCUGAUCCGGCUGUAGCAGAGCCUAUGCUACAGAAAAUCCCAUUGAGACGAUUCGGAGAAGUACAUGAGGUAGUUGAUGCUGUUACUUAUUUGUUGAGUGAUAAAGCUAGUAUGAUUACUGGGAGUUGUUUACCUAUCGAUGGAGGUUAUUUAGCUACAUAAAUCGAUUGAAGUUUUAAAUGUAUUGUGUAUUAUUUCGAUACCAAUUUACAAAAACAAGUAUUGAAUAAAAGUUUUUAUGUACUUAGUUAAUCAAUUACCUGCUUAAUCCUAAUUGUAGCAAUACCACCAGGUUCUCCUAAAAUCUUUUCUAUCCCUCACUCUCCGUUUUAUCCUCAUCCAUUCAAUCUUUCUUUUUCGGCUAUCUUAACUUCCUCAUUCCAUGUUUUUCUUGGUAUUCCUUUCUGGUCUUUUUUUGCCUGCUUAAUCCUAAUUGUAGCAAUGCCACCAGGUUCUCCUUAAAUCUUUUCUAUCCAUCAC